AUGGCGUCCACUUCCGCAGCUGCUUCUAGCAGCGAUUUGACCUACUCAGAUCCGCGCACCUCGCAGCCUCGCAUGGCCUAUCCUUUCGGAUCAGACGACCAAACGCCCAGCACGGCAGACGAGUCGGACGACCCACCCUCCUUCUUCGUACGCGCCCUUUACGACUUUGAGUCGAAUGACGCCAGCUCCCUGUCCUUCCAGAAAGGUGCUCUCAUCGAAGUUCUUACACAGCUCGAGUCAGGAUGGUGGGAUGGUCUUCUCGAUAAUCAGGUUCGCGGCUGGUUUCCCUCGAACUAUGUCGAAGCUAUUUCGGAUCAGGAGGCAGAAGCCGAGCUCUUCGCUAGGGCGCAGAUGCACGCACAAUACAGCUUAGGCGUCACGCCUCAGCUGACCACCGACACCGACACCUUUUCACGUCUCGGCCUUGGUUCGGGCUUCGAUGGCCUGCAAGCUCUCAUCAAAGGGGACGGAAUCGGCAACAGUGACGCCUUCAGCCAGCUCGCUGAAGCGGCUAUGCGUGAUCCUCACAGACGCAGCUUGAACCCAGCGAGCCCGCAACUCGGCGACAUGGCUUCCAUGCAUCUCACCCAUGCAUCGCCAUACCAACACGUUCUGGACACUCGACAGAGCAGCUCGUCCCGUUCUCACCCAACAAAUCCCAAUUUCGGUGCCACGUCCGUGUCAGCUCAGCAGCUUGCCUUGGAGCAUGACCGGGAACGUGCUAGAGCUGCUACCGUCUCGAAUCCGGUCGAAGGAGGCUCCUUUGCUUCCCAAUCCUUGGCGGCUGCAGCUGCAGCUCGACCGCGAGCAGCCACGGGCUCGCAAGCCGACCGCACGGGCGGCAACGUCUUGGCGUCAAAGGCAUCGCUGCGAGAUCAGGCCCACCGUACGGGAGCCUCACAAGUGCCAACGAACGGCAUCGGCGCACAAAGCAACGCCGCAACGCUGUCCUCGUCCAGCAAGUUGCACCCACAGCCCAUGUUCCGUUCAGUCUCGUCCAGCCAGAAUAGCUCGGCGAGCUCUCGCAAAGAGUUACUCGACGCUUCAGAUCGCAGCAGACCAACAUCACUGAGCGCCGCGUCAGGAUCGCGGCCAUCUUCCACCAGCAGCAAUAACACGGCCAUCUUUCAGAAUGGGUCCGCCCCGGUUCGAGCUCCCAUCACCAACACGGCCGAUCGAAUGCCGAACCCUGCUACUGUGCCAAAGCCCUGGAGGUUGCGCGUCACAGACGACGAAAAGUAUUUCUUCUACGUGCAUAGUUCGACCAACGAGAUUCGAUGGAACUUCGCAGAUGCAAAGACAAAGCUCACCCUCCUAUCCAGCGUCACUCCUCGAAGUCGCUCACCGAGACAUCCCAUCAUCUCGGACACUGUGCCAGUCGAGAAAGGAGUUGCGAGUUCGGGCGCCGGCCUCGACGUAUCUCGCGGCCUGUCGAGUUUGCAAAUUGACUCGGACGAUUCUGACAUCGAGGGCGAUAUGAAUCCUCGACUGCCAGGCAAGCCGCCCAGACCGCCUCGUCCCGACCUCAGUCGCCGUGGUAGCACAUCCUCCAGUCUCGCCGCCGUGCUCCAGCAUCCAGCGCUCUCACAGCCGUCGGUCUCGCCAGCGACGCUGCUGCAAGACGAGACAGCAGCGUACGAGCUGCAGAAGGCACUGGCACCAUCGCCGCCGCAACCCAUCAAUCUGCUGGUCCGCCGUGCCAACGACGUCAUCCGCCAGCUGGCAGCCAUCGCUACAGAGCAGAUCGGUACCAAUGGCCUCGCAGAGGCGGACGUGUCGUACAAGAGUGCGGCAGCUGGCGGUGUCUAUCUGCCAAGACUGGCACACGCCACAGCCAGCGUUGUGACCGCCAUCAGAGAGGUGCUCUAUGCCACCGGCUCGCUCUCACUGUCCAACACUGAUCUUGCGCCCAUCUCCAAACUCGUCACCAAGGAUUCACAUCGAAUGGAACAGAGUAAAGCCUUGUCAGACUACGCGGAUCCUACCACGGGAGUCGAUCUCGAUGCAUAUUCCAAGAUCCUCACUACGCUCUACACUUCGACUCCCGCAGCCGAAGCUGCCACAUUGCAUCUGCUCGGCGUCAACCCGAAGGACUCGAUUGCACCGACUCCGGCGACCCUGCAUCCGAUCGGGCGCAAGCUCAAUGCAGUCGUCUCCAAGCUCGUGCUAUCCUCGCGCCAGGUCAUCGACCACACCGUCACCCUUGCCUCGUCGCCAACCUCCAGCAUGGAAAGCACCAUGACCGACCUUGACGCAGACGUCUUCUCCAAGCUCUACCAGUGCAGGCAGCGGCUUCGCGAAGACGCCCUCGAGCUAAUGCGCACGCUGCAGAGCCUGAGCUCUGAAGCUGAAAAGGCCAGGAGCACCGCACUCGGAGCGUCACACAGUCGAGGCUGGCUACGUAGGGUCGAGGGCAGUCUCGAGAGCGAUUUGGGGCUCAACGGGGUCGGUGCUGCGUCGUUCGGCAGCGGCAUGGCCGCAGGCUGGCUCGGAAACGGCUUUGUGCUGCCAUCCAAAUACGAGAUUGGCCUUAUCAAGGCAGAGAGCAAGGGCGCGCGCAGCAACCCGUUCAAUCAGCGAAGGGAUGUGGAAUCUGCAGUGGUGCGGGGCUUACUGACCCUGCGACGGGUCCCGGAGAAGCGACUGGACCAGCAGAUGAUCGCGCAGCUCCAGCAGAUCCUGGCACAGCUCGAUGCUACGAAAGACACGAUCGCACAGGCGACACAGGGCAGACAUGUCGCCGCAUCAGCGACGUCGCUGCUCUCCCGAUUUGGUUCGAUGGAAACACUCGUGGAAAGCAUCGAUCUUGCCUCGGGUCUGGAUGUCGACGGGCCGGACGCCAAGGACGCAGACUCCUCGCCGAUCAACGAACGCAAUGCCGCAAAUGCCGUCAAGGCGCGCGAACUGAUGCAACGCUUUGUGGUGCUCAAGCAGGCAGCCUAUGAUGCAUCUGGCUUCCUCUUCAUUGCUGUGCAAGAGCACGACGGCGCUCGUUCUCCUGCAAACGCGGCAAUCGUAGAGAAGGAGGCUGUGAAGCUGGUCAAACUGUCUUCAGCCGUCGUUGAGACGUUGGUAAAACUCGCCAAGGUGGGCGAAGAGCAGCUGAAAGACGCAUCGCCUUUCCUCGGCGCACGCGCAUCAGUGCACGGCACGGAGGAUGGCAUCACCAUGCCGGCGACGGGUGUCUUCUCUCGCAAGGUCAACACGACCAGCAACGGUCUUGACGUGGAGAUCGAGCAGAUGGCGCGCUACGGCAAAGGCGACGAGGACGAGACCGAGGAAGAGACUGACUUCAUGUACCUCGGCCCUGGCAUCGUUGUGCCCAAUGGGCCCAGGGCGAGAUCAGGAAGCCGCGCCACCUCGGGCUCGACGGCCGUUGUCUCCCCCGUCACAAGUCUUGCUCCCGGUCGGGGCGGUAGUGGCUCGAUCUACGCCCCAAGCGGCCAUCGUCAACGGUCUGGGUCGGUCGCUACGGGUGGCUCUGGUGCGAGCCGAAUCCUCAGUCGCCGGGGCACGCUCGUCGACGGGCAGCUUCCUGGUCAGAGCAUCGACGAGGACGCGGAAGCCUACCGCACCAACAGCGCCAAGCUGCGUCGUUUACUUGGCGAUGAUGCGCCGCUCAUCCACACCACGACGCACGACAGCGAGCACAGCGCCGGCACGACGUCGACGUUGGCCCGGCGUCGGGAGGACGAGGUGCCAUGGUUCCUCGAGCCGGACUACAUGGGCGACGACAUUGUCAUUGCCCAAGACGGCUCGGUGAAGGGCGCGACGCUGGAAGCGCUACUGGCACGGCUGACAAUGCACAACUCGUUCGACGCUUCGUUCAACAACACAUUCCUCAUGACGUACCGGUCGUUUACCACGACGCAGACGCUGUUGGAUCUGCUAGCGCAGCGAUUCCGCAUUCUACCACCCGAAGACUUGACGGAGGAGGAAUUGGUGCUGUGGACGGAGAAGAAGCAGAUCCCGAUCCGACUCAGGGUGUUCAACGUGCUCAAGAUGUGGCUCGAGCUGUACUUCUACGAAGGCGAGGACGAGCCGUAUCUGGACCAGGUGCGACGAUUCGCGAUCGAAGAGAUGGGCGAGGCGGCGUCGAUGAAGGCGCCAUCCCAACAUCUACAGCGGUUGGUGGAGAGGCGACAGGGCGAUGGCGAGCAGAUGAUCCGCAAGAUGGUCCUCCCUGAUUCGGCACCGGCGCCGAUCCUGCCAAAGAACAUGAAGAAGCUCAAGUUCCUCGAGAUCGACCCCUUGGAGUUGGCACGGCAGCUGACGCUCAUCGAGUCGCGCCUGUACAACAAGGUGAAACCCGCCGAGUGUCUGGGUCUCAAAUGGACCAAGCCGGGCAACGAUGUCCACGCCAAGGGCAUCAUGGACAGCAUCACGACGCACAACCGUAUCUCUGGCUGGGUGGCCGAGACGAUUCUAGCGCAGGAAGACCUCAAGAAACGUGCUGCGAUCAUCAAGCACUUUAUCAGCAUCGCCGACCGCUGUCGGGCGCUGAACAACUUUUCGGGCAUGUGGGCGAUCGUCUCCGCCCUCUCCACCGCACCCAUCCACCGCCUGCGUCGCACCUGGGAUGCCGUAUCCCAAAAACACGUGCUGAUGUUCGAAUCGCUCGAGACGUUGACGUCAGCCAGCCGCAAUUGGGCCAACUACCGCGAGCUGAUCCACAAACUCAAUCCCCCCUGCGUCCCCUUCCUCGGCCGCUAUUUGGGGGAUCUCACCUUUAUCGAAGACGGCAACCGCGAUCGCCUGAAGGAAAACGAUGCGCUCAUCAACUUUGGCAAACGCCAAAAGACGUCGGAAGUCAUUCGCGAGAUCACCAUCCACCAGUCCACACCGUACAACCUCGCCGUGGUACCAGCACUCGAGGCGUUCAUCGAGAAAAGUCUGGUCGAUGCGAGCAAUGCCGACGAGCUAUAUCAUCAGAGUUUGGCAUUGGAGCCGAGAGAGAGGGAGGACGAGAAGAUUGCACGCUUGUUGCAGGAGAGUGGAUUUUUGUAG